CACACACACACACAACGAAUGACGUAGGGCUCAUGCUGCAAAAACACAGUCACGUUGUUAUGGGCCGCUCGUAAAACACAAUAUAUAUUUUCACUUGAGUGAAAGUUGUUUUAACUGUGUUUUUGCGUAAAAAUGCCCUUCACGGCACUAGUUUAGUGUUUGACAGGCAAUACAUAUUCAUCCGCUUCUACAUGAGUGUCAAGAGCACAUUAGUACCCGGAUGGACUGUCAUGGCCGCCGUCGCUGUGGCUCCAUAGAGAGAAGAGAAGGAAGGCAAAUGUUUCUGCUGGGUGUUUUUUCAACCUUAACCUCGUUUUUAUAAUGUCGGACGCUGACGGGACGCCGCCUGAACUUCCAUCGAGUUCAUAGCACCGGGGCCACACUACAUGCUCCUCUUCUUCAGACACGACAUGCAUUAAUGUUUGAGUUUGGCCUAAAGGAGUACAGAUAUCUGUAGAUUUACAACUAUGGAAGAAGACCUCACAAUACCUCAUGAUCCUGCCAAAAACUGCAACAUAUCAGUAAUAGGGGAAGAAAAGGUAAAAGACUUUGUGUAUAAGCAUUUCAGAGAAGUGACAGAUGGGUCACCCUUCAAUAAUGCUGAAGAAUCCUCCAUUAAAGAACAUGGGAGCUCAAUCACGAAAGAUAAACAGACUCACAAUAAAUCCCAUUGUAAAAUUCAGCAGGGAGCCGUUUUCUCUGGAAAGAUUCUGAGUUUUGGAUGCUCUGUGUGUAAAGAUGAUUCCACAUAUAGCCCCAAUGAUCUCUUCAAACAUUUUCGAGCGGCCCAUAAUGGAACCCUUCCUACAUACCCUUGUGACCUGUGCGGUUUUUCCACAAACGAGUUUCCUGCUCUUCAGCGUCAUCGGAUUGAGCACAGGAAUACUCUAGUUACAUGUGAGCUUUGCAACAAUGAUGUUCAGUACUCCCUGCUUUUGCUUACCAGACACUACAUCAUGUGUCACAGUCUAAAUGGACAGUUUAACUGUGACUGGUGUGAGUUUACAACUGUGGAUGCAGGAACAUUCGUCCAGCACAUCCAUCAUCAUAAUGAGAGCCAUUGGAAGUGCUCAAAAUGCAGACAUAUCAGCUUGAACGAAGAAGAUCACCAGAAGCAUAUGAAAGCUCACUCGGGAACGUUCCCUUUCACUUGUCAGAUCUGUGGAUAUGGUGCAACAAGAGGCGAGUAUCUUAAAAAACACACAGCAGCUGUUCACAAAGAAGAGGUUGAGAGAAGGAAUGCAUGGAAGGCUAUAGAUGACAGCAGCAUUUCAGCAAAUUCAUCUGCAAGCCUGAAACUUUUGCUGAAAAAGAGUGGUGAAUCACAGGAGGCUCAGAGGAUAUCAAAACUGAACUGUCUUUCUGGGAGUUUACCAAACCAAAAUGGCAGACUAAUGAAAACGGAGAUAUCAUUCGAGGAGACCCACCACUUUGUGGAUGGGACUGUUGCAAAAAAGGAAAACAAAAAUUGGAGCAAAAGCUCUCAUAAUACAGAGCACUCCAUGCCUGUAGUGUUACAGGAAUAUGACAACUCUGCAAGUUCUGAUGCUACAAGUCACACCAAUCCUAAUGGACUGACUGUUUUGAUGGUUAAGAACAAAAUCUCUCUUCCUCCCAACUGUACAACCAAAGUGAUGGGAUUCAAGAUGGUGGAUGGCAAAAAACAUUUAGUUCUCAAAGUAAUACCAACAGCAAAGCAAGAUUCAUCCGCUCAAAACCAUACAUUUGUUGAAGAUGUGGGAUCCUCGGCCCCAAAUCCUGCGUUGGAAAAAAUUAAAGUAUCUCAUGAGAAUGGGGAAUGCUCACAUAGCAAGAACUUACCAUCACAUUGUUCUGCUCUUUCACCAAAAAGUGGAUCUUGCACACAGAUGACUCAAGACGAUAUUAUGGCAGUAAAAGUGAAGCUUGAGGAGGAAGAAACCUCUGUUUGCAACCUUGAUUCCACCCCACCUCGAGACGAUGUUGGCGAGAAAACUAAUCCUUUACUAGGUAGGUCUUCGACUUGUGCAGAUACACUAUAUCCCAUGACAAAUGAGAUUGUUCAUGGGGAUGACCAGAGUCACCCAAGUCAAACAAACUGGUCCCAGAGAAGUAAGUUUGAUAAUAACUCUGUCUCUGCAACAUUUAACUCUGACGCAACCUGCCAUAGUGGUUCUCAAAUCAGUAAUACUUCAACAAUGUGUGCUGGUAAGGUCACUGCUCACGACACAUUGCAUUCCAAACAAGUCUCCAAAGACACUAUUGAAAACUGUGGGGCUGCAGAUGAGUUAUUGAUGACUGAUACAGUAACAAACAAACCCAUUGACGAACACAAAGGGAACUCCCCCUUUAACACUAUAGAAAAUGAUGACAGAUCUUCUCAGAGUACUCCAAAAAAAACUGAUCAGGUUAAAACUGACAUUGAACAUAAAAACAUGCAAAAUUUAAAAAAGCUUUCGACUAAUGCAGCACCUCCAUCAGAGUCAUCCCUAUCCACUCCAGGUAGCCGCAGAGACAGUGCAAUGGGAUCAGAAAACUGCACACAAAAUUCACCAAACCAAGAAGUAUUUACUUUUCACAAUUAUUCCAAGGAAACAUUUGGCACCUCCCCAAACACUACCCAAAACUUUGAUAAUAUGUCUGAACAUUCAGUAGACAAAGAAAGUGUUUGUGAAUCAUCACAGUUUAGCUUGACAUUGGCAGAGUCGCCAGAACCAUUCAGAGAAAGUGGCAAUGGAGAAGACUUAAAUCAAGAAAAGGUGUCAGAUAGUGACAUUGAGGUUGAUGCGUGCAUCGCUAGUGUUGAUGAUCCUGCCACUGAGGAUGAAAAUCCUGAGUCAGUGCUCCAAGACUUUAAUAUUAUCAAAAUUGAGGAGGAGAGCAUUCCUAUAUCUAACAAACGGUCAGAAACAAAGAUUGGUUCAAGUUCUUUGGGCAGUUUUGUGGAGGAACAUUCAGAUGCAAUCAUUAACCAACAACUUAAUAAGGAAAGAGUUGGAUCUUCAAGUGCAAGUAAUGAUUCUUCAAAACAAACAAAAACAACUCUACGAAUUCUUCAGCUGCCAGAGGGAAAGCAGUCAGUACUCCUGAGAACUACUGAGAAUCAAUUUGCCAUGCCGGUUCAGCUCAAGGCCACUCCAGGUUUUAAACUGAUAACCAAUUCUGGAAAUCCUCAGAUCAAUGUAUCUUAUAUGAAGUCAGGGUUAGAAAGAUCAAGUAAUCCUACUGGAGUAACCCUUACUCCAAACAGCAGGAAGAUGGGUGUAUCUGCACCAAAGGCAGGAGCUGCUGAAAAAGGGACAACACUUCUCUCUGCUGUUCAACCAGGUGUUAGCAGCACCUCAAAUCACUACCUUAUCAACAGCCAAGGUUUUAAGGGUCCUGUACUCUUCUCAAGCACACCACAUAAUGCACCUACAGACAAAACCGCAAAGACACAGCCAACUUGCUAUUUGGUACAGAGGUCUGUUCCCUUUGUUCAAACCCCCAGUGCUCCUGGCCUCAGUCUGGCAAAUACACAACUCCCACUGAAUUCACGGCCAGUUCUGGCCGUGCCUGUGAGCUCUGCAGACAAACCCAGCACCCUACAGACUGGUCGCCAGGCAUUCUUGCUCCGAUACAUAUCUCCACCCAAAUCAGGCUUGAAGUUGAACAACCAAGACUCAAAGACCGGGACUCCGUGUAGCCGAACCAGUGACGGUACUGGGAACAAAGUCUUUUUUAAAAUUGUCACUCCUACUGGUAGCCUUCUUACAAGUGGUGCUCCCACCUCAAGCAGUCAACCUUUGUUUUUGGCCACCAGACCUCAAACACAGUGUUUUCUGGUGUCCUCAAACAAAACUAAUGCAAAUUCCUCCAAUGGAGUAAAGAAAUUGAUCACCAUACAAAAUACUGCACAGAAAGAUGUCAAGGAAUCUUGCAUUUCACCCUCUCAGAUGAAUGUAAAGGUACAAUCGUGUGAAGCAGAGAAACCUAUCCUAGCCCCAAGGCCGAUUCGGCCUCCAAGCCAAAGGAAAAGGCGCAGGAAACCAUUAUUUGACGAGCUUCCAUCAACGGUGCAUAAAGCUAGAAGACUCUCAAAUAAAGUACUGACUGAGAAAGAGACUACUGUGUUAUGGAAGCCUGUAGCCAAAGAAGUUGAAAGAACACUAAGGCUUGCCCCAUUCAGUUCUCUACAGCAGGUCAAAUGCCCUCGUAGAUACCAACCUGUAGUGGUGCUCAAUCAUCCAGAUGCUGACAUUCCCGAAGUGGCCAAUGUCAUGAAGGUAGUUAACCGGUACAAAGGUGCUGUUACUAAGGUCUCUCUGUCUCAGAAAACAAUCCAAGCUCUCUCUGAGCUCGGUACUCUAUGGAAGAAUUCCUCGACCAAAGGUGCAUCGUCUCACAGCGAUGAUCCAAGACCCCGGCCAGUUCAGAGUUCUGUCCGAGAGCGAUUCCUCUUGAAACUGAAGUUGAGGAAAAAAAGCAAAAAAAAGUAUGAGGUAGUGAAAAAACUGUCAGGUUGUAGUCAAGAGCCUGUGGUGUUUGACUGCUGGUUUUGUGGUCGGCUCUUCAACAGCCAAGAAGAUUGGAUUGGUCAUGGCCAGCGACACCUCAUGGAGGCAACUAGAGACUGGAAUAAACUGUUCUGAAAGUUUUCCAUCUACUUUAAAAUGAAAGAGAUAUUCUGUCUCUGAGGUGGAACAAAUGGUUUUAAGUUGUAUAUUUUUUAAUGACCUUCCACUCUACGUUUGUUCAAAUUCUGUUCCUGUAAAUACAUAUUCCUCAGUAAAUUGUAGUUUAUCUUUUCAUAGGUGCAUUUUCUGGUAAAUGAUGUACUGCAAGCAUGAUUUAUAUCAUGCAUGCACAGGUCAAAUUGAACUGUGAAAAUGGUACACUGUAAUUAAGAGCUGUGGUAAGAGCACUAGCUUAAAGAAAGGGGACAAUAUCAGCAAAGUUGUGAGUAGAGCUGAAUUAAAUUACUCAGGUGAUUUCAUAUUAAUCUGGUUUGUCAUUUUUGCUCAUUAAUUUCAAAAAAGCAGAGGCCUAGUUUAAGGGACUUUUCUAUAUUAUUUUAUUAUCCUGGGCCUGCACAUGAGGACAGGAAACUGUUUGUAUAGCUUAACUCUAAAGCUUGUAGACAAAUUACUUUUUGUUUUGCGCUUUUGAAAAUGUUCUGGUCCAAAUGAUUCCUUUUUGUAUGUUUUUAAUUGAAGGGGAUGUCAUUUUACUCCAUUUUAUCUUCAGGGUUAGUUUACGGUUUCCUUGUCAGGAUUUUGUCAACCUGUAGCAUGCGCUUGUCAUAACUAGAGAAGAUAUUUUUCACAGUAAUCUCUUAAAUCUGCCAAGUGUUGCAAAUAGACGGAUAGUUUUAUAAAUUACUUUUGCUGAAAAGAGAAAUCAUAUAUCUGUUAACCAUGCUCCCUGUCAGUACUUGAGACAUACAGAUCAGCCCAUUUUGCACCCUAUGCAGUUUCCAUGCAACAAUAUUGUUGUCAGCAGAUCAGACGGUUUACUCGUCAUGUUGUGAAUCAUAUGAAUCCAAUUUGAUUUCCGAGUUUACUGUAGAUCUUAAAGGUCCCAUGAAUUUGCUUUCAUAUUGUUACUUUUUUUGUGAGUCGCAAUGUUUAAGAAGAUUAUGAUGCAGGAUGGUAACAUCAAGAAAAACAUAAUAUGAAAUUCUGCCAGAAACAACAUAGAAAUGUUAGUCAAGUGUUGUCACAGGGCUUGAGUGUAAGAUUUGACAUCCACUUCGAAACCUUUACGAUGCCAAAGUUGACAAAAUACCUUUAUUCUUUUAAUCAUUUGUAAUUGUAGUAUCACUCAUGUCAAUAAUAAGUAAUAUCAACUAUGGCUGCAACCAACAAUUAAAUUCCCGAUCGAUGAAUCUGUCAAUUAUAUUCUCAAUUAGUCAAUCAUUUGGUCUAUUAAAUGUUAGAAUAUAGUAAAAAAUGUCUAUUUUCUUAAGCCCAAGGUAACGUCAUCGGAUGUCUUAGUUUUGUGUGACAAACACUCCCAAACCCAAAGAUGUUCAGACUUUUUUCUCACAUAAUACGAGGAAGCAGCAAAACAUCUCAAUUUAGAAACUGGAACGAGGCAAUGUUUGGCGUUAUUUUUUUAAUUUAACGGUUAGUUGAUUGUCAAAAUUGCUGAUUUUUUUUCUGUUGAUCUACUAAUCUCUUCAGCUCUAGGUCCAACAUUUACUGUAAAUUCUAUUAGAAUAAUGGCCCAAGUCUCAAACAAUAAUAUAACAAAUUUCCAAUUGCUUUUGGUUGAACUUUUUUUUGGAUUGUUUACUCAACGCUUCCUGCAGAUAUUUUAUAUUAAAAGCCUUUCAGGAAAGAAUGGGAGUAUGCCCUUUAAGCCGCUGGAAGGCUUAGCCAAUGAUGUCGAACCCUGUCUUCCUACACAACAACUAAUUGUAGGCACUUGGACCCUUACCACAACCCUUUGAGGAAUGGAAAUAUUGAACCUGUUAGUGCUGAUUAGAAUAAGGACAAAGGUCAUUUUUAUGAUGCAAGGGGUUGGCUGGAUCGCCCCAGAAGUAAAAAAUGCAACGGCAGAAAGUUCUUAAACUUUACAUGAAUAGACGAGGGGGUAUAUAAAAACGUAAAACGGCAUGUUUCAAUAGUAAUUUGCUUAUAACAAAGUGCAGACACCCCAGAUAAAAACAGACCUUUUCAUACCUUUCUAAACUUUUCUUAAUUCAAUAAAAGUUUGUUAUUGGUAUCAAAUACAUUCAGAGGUUAUUGGAUAGUUACUGUCGCAUUUGUUUUUAUGCUCUGUAGACCUUUUAGGUGUUGUAGGAGCUUAAUCCAUGUGUUUCCAUCAGCUUUCACCUGUUAUUGCAUUAAUGUUGUACUAUAUAUUGGCUCACUGGUGUCAUCAAGUCCAGUAUGUUGUACAUACAUAUGUUUUAAUGUUACAUUGCCCCUUUUUUUUUUAAUGGCAACAGGACAUGGGCUUUGCGUUUCUUCAUGGGUUUUAAUGAUUGUAUUACAUGAUAAUCGAACUGUGGCGUUUUAUUCCGUUCAAUAUGCAAGUGACUGAACAAUGCAAGCCAUGCUAAUGUUUUUAUACUUUCAAAAUGGUUCUAAACAGCCAGCCUCCAAUUGAUGAAGUUCUGACCUCAUCAGGUCCCGCGUUUAACCAGCAUUUGCUAAAUGUUAAUUUUAAUCAACCGCUCCAAUCAGCAGGACAUUUUGUUGUACAUUUGGUGAAUUUCCAUGAAAUCAUUUCCUGUAAAACUCCUACAAAUGUAGCAUGAGUAGUAACUACAUUCCACUCAUUUUUGUGACUUACCAAUGAAACCAAACAAGCAUUCAGCCUUUAAGGCUCUGACACACCAACCCGACCGUCAGCAGAAAAGGCAGUCGGACUGAUCAGUCGGCUGCUCGAGGUAAAAAAAAAGUGCCUCUGAACACACCGAAGCGAUGACGACUUGAGCGUACGCGAGACGUAAUAGGUCUCCAUAACAGCAGGCGACGCUGAAAACCGGUAAUGACAGAAAGAAAAUACAAUGGCCAGUAAUAAGAAGAUACUGGUGUUGUCAGCUCCGGUUUUCUCGUGUACAGAUUCGCUAGUCAAGGGCUAGCACUCCACCAAUCAGAUUGGUCAUUGAGUCCGACUGCCCACUGGCCGAUUCAACAAGUCAAACCGGCCAAAAUGAACGCCGACGGCUCCUCCGACUGACGACCGCACGGAACACACUGAACAGACUUGAGUCCCCGACCUCGCCGAUUAUCGGGUUGGUGUGUCAGGGCCUUGCUACCUUUUCUGAUAGGAAAUGUUCAACAUAUGUGGGAUAUAUUCUUACUCCCUUUUUUUCUAGAGCGUGAGAUGAGAAGAUUGACAUGUCCGUGUUAAGUACAGAGCUGGAGCCUGGGUUGUGGUUAGCCUAGCUUAGCAUAAAGACUGGAAGCAGAGACUGUUGUCUGUCAAUGUGUCGAUCAGUGAGUUUUAGAGAUGUUUUUUGCUGUGGACAAAGCCAGGCUAGCCUUUUCCCCCCUGCCUCCAAACUUUAUGCUAACCUAGGCUAACCACAUGCAAUUGAUAUCCGUCUUCUCAUCUUACUCUUGUAAAGAAAGAAAGCAAAUUAUCUUAUUUUACAAAAUGUUGAACUUUUCCUUAAUUUGAACCAGCCUAGCCAGCUGCAGAAAGCUAACUUCCUUGGUCAUAAUGUCCCUUUUCCAAAACAAACCAUCUUGUUUUGUUCCCUUUUAGAUGUAAUAACAUCCCAACCCAGUAAAAAAAGCUAUUUCAAAUCUACUGUAUACAAUUUAAGGAAAAUUUACAAGUGAAUAAAUCUCGAAUUAACGUUCAGUUUUUGUUUGUAGGAAAAAUAAAAAAUAAUUGAUGUGAAAAAAUAAUCACAACUUGACGUUCAACAUGCAAAAUGUCUAACAUCACAAGGAUAAGUGUUAUAAGUUAUCUCCUAUUCUAAAAUAUUCAUGUGGCUGGUGUUUCUCUCUUUGGGCUACAACAACAAAAAUAUUUCUUACAAAUGCAGUACAUUGAGGUAAAAUAACAGGAUGUAAAGUAGCUAAAGGUUCUUAAUAGUUUUACUUUUGCCAUUGCAAUCCCAAUGUUGAGAUUCAGUUUUUUGAUGAUUGGUUUGUCAUUCUUGAAACUUGAAUUGAACUCAUGUCUGUAUUAUGAUAUAUAACAAUUUUGGGUUUUGGGAUACGAUUAAUAAAAUCGCCUACUAAGUUUUACACAAUUAAGUGUUCAGUACAUGUUCAUUUCUUUACUUUAACAAUAACAUUGUAUUUAUGACUUUUUCCACCCAACUUUCUCAUUACCCCUCCAUACAGAUUAGGGUUUGGCAUCAUUUUGAUUUUAACAAUUCUGAUUCUAGCUGCGAUUCUUCCUUUUGAUUCAGGUUCUUAUCAAUUCUGAUUCUUUGAGGAGUGGAGUAGAAACAGGUCACAUGUUUAUUUCACCGAUAAGAGGAAAAUUUUAUUUUGAUUCACUAGUGAUGUACAGUUUUACUGGGUUUUUUUCAACGUAAAACAACGCACACAACACAAUUUCCUGGAAGUAUGGUGGUCGCUACGGAAACCCAAACAUGCGUGUUAAAUGUGGAACAAUGAAAGGGAUUCAAAACCAAAUUUUCCAAAUGAUUCCAAUGUAAAAAAAAAAAAAGAUUCCAUUGGAAUCAUAAUUUUUGAAAUUAUUCCAAGUUGGAACCAGUUCUCGAUGCCCAAUCCUAAUAAAGACAGUUUGAAAUGAUCCCAGCCAAAUGGAUGCAAACACCAAAUCAAUUUAAGAGCUUAUUUCAGUUAGUUUCAGAUGACUUUAUGUUUGUUUGACUGGUUUCAUAUAUAUGAUGGACAUGCACAGUGUGAAAACAACCCUGUUUACUCUAUCUUGUCUGCUUCUUCUUCAUUGCUCUCAGGCAAAAAAAACGAUUUGGUUUUAUCAUAACAUUUAAAAAAAAAAGUUUUGUCAAUGGGAUUUCUAACUGUACAAAUGAGUUCUGCACUGUGAUAAAAACCACUCCUAUAGGGGAUACACUACUAGAUCAGUUUAUUUCAUAUUUCAGUUGUAGGAGUCUAAAAUGUGAACAAGAAGUGAAAUACAUUUGAGUUUAUACAUGAUGACCCCUGCUACAGUUUAGCCUCCUGCUGCUCCCCUUCAGCUGUUAGUGAUGAUGCUUUACCACAAACUAGAUUGUAGAUUUCAACCCUAACAUGCCUGCUCCUGACCAGCAGGCUGUUGAAAUAUUCACCGAAUCUUUCCUCAUGCGAAGUGCCUCAAACGUCCUUUGGCAGGUUGACAAUGUGUACUGUAUUGUUAUUGUUCAACUUAGUGUGUCACUCUCCUAUAAUAAAUGUACAUACUUUAUGGAAA